UUUUUAAAAACUUCAGCUUAAGCCCCUGCAGUCCAAUUAUAAUUAUUCUCUGGCCCCAUAGGGCCCAGAGAUCAGGAAGAGAGCACUAUAGGUUUCAGCUCCUGGAUUGGCAGGCAGCCGGCAGAUCUGGGAGAGAACAAUGCCAACACAGACCCCAAAGGGCCUUUGUUGGUCCCCACCCACCUGGGUUGGUUGAGCCCUCCUCUGCACUCGGACCACCCACUGUAAAGCCACAAUGGGCUUUAGAUCCUUAACUAACGGUGGUUCACAGUCCACUUUCUCACCCUUUAUAUGUAGGGGUCCAAGACCUUGAGCCUUGAGCCUAGAGACCCAGAAUGACUCAAGCACUUCCAGCUUUCACAUCUCCAUCUUGGGCCUUCAGUUGCCAAAUAACAGAAUUACAGACUAGUGGAGGACAAACUUUAGGAAUCCUUUCAUUCAGACCAGUCACAUUGUACUGGAUGAUAAUGAUUGUUUCAAAGGUGCAGAAGCUCUUUUCUCCUCUCUCUCUUAGGUGGGGGAAUUAGUGUCAAGUCGGACAGGUGCAGGACUUGCCCCAUCCGCACUCCUUAAUCCUGGCCUUGCUGAGUAAGGGCUUCCAUCCCAGCCUCCCUGAUCCAGUCAGCUGCCACACUGUGGGUUACUAUGGCAGAGGAGGGGGCCGAUGUGGACCAGGAGGAUGUAUUUCUGGCAUUUGCCCAGGGUCCCUCUCCUCCCAGGGGCCCGCUGUGUAGGGCUUUGGACAAGGCCUUCUUUGUCUUCCUGGCCCUUAUCCUGACACUACUGAUGCUGGAAGCUGUUUAUAAGCUGCUGUGGCUGCUGCCAUGGGCAAGGCUUGGGAACUGGCUUCUGAGAACACCUCAGAAAGAGGAGGAGCUGGAAUUGUGACAACCUUUCCUAUAAACAUCCUCUUUCCCUGCCAAGGAGCGCUCCUACAGGAAGAGGCGACAAGACCCGAGAUAUUUUACUAGCCUCAUUUGGUCUCACAGCGGUAAUUUACACAGAUUCUCCUCAAAGCCUCCGCCCCCAAACGCCAGACCUCAGCCCCUAGAGCUUCUAGACAAAGCACGGCCUUCUGGUCAUCGCCUGCUCCUCGUCCAGAGGAGACCACCUACUUGCUUGGUCAAUAAUUCUGUCCAAGAGCUUGAAAAGCAAAUCAACAACAGCAAUAAUAACAAUACAUUUGUAUAGUGUGUUGUGCUCAUUUGUAUGCAAUUUUAUGAUUUCACUUUGGGGUGAUGGAGGAGAACCCUGGAUGCAGAAACAGCUGCUGGACAG